GUUCGAUAUGUCCAUUGUAGCCACCAGGGAAAGGAGGACCCAUUACUAAUUCUUUGGUCCGUAGGUCCGUAUCCCGGCCUCAGUUUGUCCAAUUAGCACUGCUACUUCUUGAACGUAUUGAUUUUAGUCGGACGUGAUUUAGUCUUGAGUGCCCGUCCCGCCUGCGCACCCCCCUCGCACAAUGUGAGCAGAGCGCGUUGGGUUUGCAUGCCAUCUCGCGUUUGCACCGGCUCGUUGCACGAGAAUUCGUGACAGGCCAGUCGGCUCUUCCACUCGGAUGUCGAGGCGAAGUGUGGUGAUUUACACACCAGUUUCUGCACGAGUAGCAGUUCCCACGACAUAUCUACUUAGACACUGGUGAAACGGCACCAUCUGUUCAUAGCCAGGCUCAGCUUUUGCAGAUAAGCUUCAAGCACAAGCGUCUCCACUGCAGCUUCAAAAUCCUGUAAUGUUGCCUCCACUCCCGGCGGCUCGGCGAUGAGACUGAAAGCUUAUCAUAUGAGCCGAAAAUACGCCUCCACCAUGAGAAGCCGUCCGUUCUUCCGUUGUCGUCCGUUCCGAGACCUCCUGCUUUUGAUAGUUAGUUUUGCUUUUGUAUCAUGCUACUUAUGUUACCUCCUUUGGGCUCCGCCUGUAUAUCUCUCACCUUAUGUCGGACCACAGUUAUCGUCGUUGGACGGAGUCGGUAACGCCCUCCAGCGGAAUAUACUGUCUCAAAACAAGAAGUCCGUAAAUCUAAACACUUCAGAGAGUCAAUCCUUUCGGGAUAUUAGUAAGCUGGAAAAACUUCUGUUAGAGAUUGAGACGAUGGCUUUAGAAGUGUUACAUGUGAGACAGAAAAUCGCAAUUGUUCGGGGUCAACGCAGCGUAAUCUCCCGUGAUCUCCCACUGUACGAGAAAACUCUACAAAGUUACAAUUUCCUAGUAGCGUCACCUAUGUGGUAUGAAAGACAAAAGGAAAAUAGCAACCGAACAAAAUGCUGUCCAGGAAAAAGUAAUUCAGAUGAUUAUCAAUAUUCAGACGACUCCCGAAUCCUGGGUUGGCAUCUGAUGCUUUGUAUGACCUUUAGCGUGAAAGACUUUACGCACUGUUUACAAAAGAAAGAAAUGGAACACCUGUCACAAGCACAAAAGGUUAAUCGCAUCCCGGGGUUACAGGGUAUCUUGUGGAAGAAAGAAGCGUUUUGUUCCACCAUGAUGAAAGGAAAACAGAUGUCAGCCACCAUGCGACAACAACCAAUGCCACUUUGUUUUUCGCUGCCGGAACAACGUCAACAGUUCCAGGAAGUGGCGCAAGCAUUUGGUACUUCCGCUCAGUGGAUAUUAAAAUCCAUGUCAUCAGUUGACAAAAGUGGGCCAAAAUUAUUAGACAUUUUCACACAAGAGGGCCAGAGAGAUCUUGACAACAGUGAACAUCGGCGUGUUAUAAUUCAGCAAGUUAUACCUAAUCAACUAAAAGUAUUUGGUCAGCCAGUCAGUUUACGUCUCUAUAUAUUGGUAACAUCAUUAUCACCUCUACGAGCUUAUCUACAUUCGGAAGGACUCGUGUAUCAUCGUUAUGACUAUACUCGAAGCUUCCGAAAGAUCUCAGGUCGAUUAUGGAGCCUCUCCCAAUUUUGGUAUUUCAUCGCACGGAAUCACGGUAUGCAAGCCGUUAAAAAAACUCUUAACAACCUUCAUGACGUCAUCACAAAGAGUUUGUUGUUGGCUGAAGUACUGGUGACGUCAACGUCUACCAUUAGCAACCCGACAGAAGGAGUGAACUUAGUAAGGUGUCACCAGUGUUUCCAGCUGAUGGGGUUUGACAUCAUAUUGAAUUCCACAUUUUACCCUUUUAUCACGGAGAUUAAUGCCCAACCAAACCUCCAGGAAUCCCGAAGCCAGGAAGGAUGGGUAGCCAAUCGGGUCAAAAAUGUAGUUGUUACAGACACAAUAAAGAUGUUGUUUACACCUCGUUCUGUAGCCCAAGAUGUUGCCGAAGCUUUGGAAGAAGUAGGAGAAGAAAUCGGAAUAAUGGGACUUAGUUGUCUGAUAAGUCACGACCUGUGCCUGAGCCGACAGGAUCUGCAGGUUUUGUUAGACGGACGACGAGAAUCUUUCAAUCUCCAGGGCUUUCAACAACUCUAUCCAGCCGUAGGGACACAAAGUCAUACAGACCUCAUUCACGAGCUCGACAGGGCACUGCUUUAUCAAAAACCCGACCUCUCGCGACACGGAACUGCAGACUUACACGAUCUUUCGUUAAGACUAGAACUUUACUACAAUCGGCACCUUCUGGACCAGGAGCUCUCUGACGAUGAAAUAAAAAGCAGUGUGGCUUGGAGAGGGAUGAACUUGUCAUCCUUAAUGAACCAGCUUUCAGAAAAGCAAGAAUCUUACGUUCAGGACGACACAGACUCUUAUGCAGGUCAAUUUGCAAACCGAAAGUGUAGCAAUGAUCCGAUAACUAUGCCGUACGUAGGUCAGAUAAUAGUGUCACCAGCAUUGAUCAUAACGCCGGCGUUUUCUCCUCUUGUGACGGAUUACGUUGCUAACGUGUCCUACGAUCAGCUCUUAGUGAGAGUAUGGGCUUUUGGCCAGAACUGUCAGACAGAAGUACGGAUAGAUGAUAAAUACGGACCAUCCAGACCAACCAACUACACACUUGGAGUCGGUCCAAAUAGGAUAUCGUUCUUGGUUGUGGACAUUUCCCAUACUGAGCCAUGGGUAGUUAACACUUACACUUUAUUGGUCUAUCGUCUGUCUGUCACACAUGAUGAACCGCCCUUUAGUCCGGAACUCCCACAUCAAGUGUGUAGUCUAAAGCAGGAGUGCGAUCUCCAGGUUUUUCCCAAUGAACCUUGUGGUAUCCAGAAAGAACGUCAUGCUAACUGGAUCACAUACAUGGAGAAGGCAGCAGAUCUGCCAGCUUGUGGUGAAGGUGAUGCACCAGGUCGGUGGGUUCUGCCGUGUAGGUCGUGUGCGAAUCAACAUUCAUGCUUUUGGAGAGAAGCAAUAUGGAACCCUUAUAGCUGUCGUUAUCCCUUGUUGUCACGUGAUCUUCUAUCACAGUGUCUUGCCAAGAAAAAGUUGCUGUUUAUCGGAGACUCUACCAACAGAGGGAUGAUGCAUUAUGUCAUGGAGCGUAUAAACGGAACCCUGACUGAAUGGGACAAAACUCACGAUAUACGAGUGUACAAUAACCUUAACGAUGGCCAAACUACAGUCAGUUUUGCUUACUACCCUCAGUUCUGGCUACCGACCAAUCAAAGACCAGUAUUUGAUAAAACACUCUAUCAGCUCUUGCAGCGUUCUAGUCCGCUAGAGAACAACACUGAUACAGUUCUGGUUGUAGGCGGAGUCCACUGGUUAGCCACUCAACACCUGCAUAUGUUAAUGCGUGCUUUACGAGGAGAGAGAUUGCAAGGAAUCAAACUCGUGAUGAAGACUUUAGGAGCAGGGUUUCAUCAACCUGUGGAUGAAAUCCAUAGCCUAAGUAUGGCGGAACAUCAGAAGCUUGUUUAUCAUAAUUUAGGCUUAGCAGACUUUGCGAAGCACUAUAAUUUUGAAGUAAUCGACACUUUCAAUAUCACUGUGGCCCGUUAUAAAGACUUUUUGCAGGGCAAGUGUGCCUGCCACUUUCAUAAGGUGGUUGAAGUAAACCUUUCCAACCAGAGAGAUGCGGACGUGGAGAAAUACUACAAAACGAGAUCCUCGUUAUCACGUUGAAGGCAUCAUUAACACUAUCUACAGUGAAAUUCUACUUAGCAGACUCUGUAGCAACUUUGUUCCAAAAAGAUGAUUAUAUUGAAAAAAAGAUAUAUAAUGUAAAGACUGUUAUAGCCAUGCAGACAGUAAAGAAAAAUGUAUCAGUGAUAAGCCAAUGAGAUUCGUCGCGUGUGUUUUGUGGAUAACCCGCUGUUGUCGAUUUGUUGCCUUGGUGUCCAAGAAUCAAUUCGGUUGACCGAGUUAAUAAUUGGCAGCAAGAAAUCUGUGCCUCUGACAUAGAAUAAAAUUGAAAUAUUUGAAAAAUCGUCUUUGGCAUAGACCUGUGAUAGUAAAAAUAAAACUAUAUACGUUUGCAGGCUUUGUGGAAAUGUGUGUAGUCAGUAGUAAUCUCGUAAAAAAAAAAAGACAUUGCAAAAAGAAACUGAAAAUUCCUGAAAAAUUAUUAAUUAUGUUAAUAUUGUUAAUAAUGUAAGAAUAUAUGAUACAUUUUUGUUGUUUGCCCUCAGAGUUGAUAAGAUGGUUGAAUGAACCAUAUAACCGGAUGAGGCUGGAAAAGAUGCACGUAGUUGAAAAAUUUACAAUACGUUAAUUCUGUAUUUAUAAAAAAAAAGUUUUAGGAAAUAUUAAUGUUACCCUAUAAUUCUUAGAGUAUAUAGAAAAUAGCGCAAUGUAGUUUAAGAUUUUAAAUCUCAUAGCUAGCUAGAAUCCUCAGUGAACUAAACCGUGUUGACUGACAGUAAAGUGUCAUAUGGUGUUCGAUGCUUACAUAUUUUGUACCCCAAAUUAGUAUUUGGUACUAACAUUCAAGCAUGAUAGUUAAAGUGAGUGAUGUCUUAAUCUCUAUGUGGUAUCUGCAAAUUCUUUAGCAUAAUACAGGAUUAUUAUAAGGACAAUCCUGUAUUUAAAACAAUUAUAUAUUAAAAGCUAUUUGUUCUAGGCCUAGGGAAUUGACUUUUACCAAAAGCCCAUUACAAAUUUUCCCGAAUAAAACUUACAAUUUUCAAUUUGCCUUUGGUGAAAUUUUUGUCCCCUCCCAUUUCUUAUGACAAUGGUAUAAUCAUUUGAAAUAUGGGGUUUUCUUUAUAAUCAUUUUGUAUUUAAAGGCAAUGGUUGUAUAUAUAU